UCCGAGCGGCGGAAGAGGCGCACAGGAGAGGAGGCAGGCAGCCGUCUGGAGCUGAAGGAGCUGUCCUAUAUUCCGCCUUAUAAUGAUCGCUGCGGCGUUUUUGGUCCUGCUGAGGCCGUACAGUAUCCAGUGCGUGCUGCUGCUUUUGCUGCUCUUGCUCGGGACUAUCGCGACGAUUUUGUUUUUCUGCUGCUGGCAUCGCAGGCUCCGGAAUGGGAAGCAUCCCAUGAAAUCGGUGCUGUCCGGGGGACGCUCCAGGAGCCGCGUGGGUCUCAGAACGCAUCAUUUUCGAUCCGAGGGUUUCAGGCACAGUCCACGUCACUUGAGAAGGAGCGCACAUGCCCGGGUGACGGAAGAAAAGCCCAGUCUGGUCGAGGUUCCAGAGAGUGAACCCGACUUAUCCUCGACUGUGAGAAAACGCAAAGUUAAGAAGAGACUCCCGCCAGAGUUUUACCAGUCUGUGCAAGUCACUCCCACACGUAAAGCCAGCUCCAGUUCGGGGAACCCUUCCCUGCACUGCUCCAUGUCUUCCUCGGCCGACAUCUCGGACGAGGAUGACAACAGCAGCGUCAAAUCCGGAUCGGCGUCGCCGGCACCCGGCGACACUUUGCCCUGGAACCUACCGAGACACGAGCGGUCCAAGAGGAAGAUCCAGGGGGGGUCGGUGCUGGAUCCGGCGGAGAGAGCUGUGCUCAGGAUCGCAGAUGAAAGAGACAGAGUGCAGAAAAAGACCUUUACAAAAUGGAUAAACCAGCAUCUGCUAAAGGUACGAAAGCACAUAAAUGACCUGUAUGAAGACUUACGAGAUGGACAUAACCUGAUCUCACUGUUGGAGGUUUUGUCUGGAGACACACUGCCUCGGGAGAGAGGAAGGAUGCGCUUCCACAAACUCCAAAAUGUACAAAUAGCUCUGGACUAUUUAAAGAGGCGGCAGGUCAAACUUGUAAAUAUCAGGAAUGACGACAUAACUGACGGCAAUCCAAAACUGACCCUGGGAUUGAUAUGGACCAUCAUUUUGCACUUUCAGAUCUCGGAUAUUCACGUCACAGGGGAGUCCGAGGACAUGACCGCCAAGGAGAAACUACUGCUCUGGUCCAAACAGACAACAGAUGGCUAUGUAGGCGUACGAUGUGACAACUUCACAACGUCCUGGAGGGAUGGGAGGCUAUUUAAUGCCAUCAUUCACAAAUACAGGCCAGAUCUGGUUGACAUGAGUCGUGUGUCGGCACAGACCAACCGCUCCAAUCUGGAGCAGGCGUUUACUGUAGCUGAACAGUUGGGGGUGGCCAGGCUGCUCGACCCUGAGGAUGUCGACGUUCAGACGCCGGAUGAAAAGUCCGUGAUUACGUACGUCUCAACUCUGUAUGACGCCUUCCCCAAAGUACCAGACGGCGUUGAUGGAAUAAGUCCUAAUGAUGUCGAUAUCAAAUGGGUGGAGUACCAGAACAUGAUCAAAUACCUCAGCCAGUGGAUAAAACACAAUGUGGAGAUAAUGGCAGAUAGAUCUUUCCCCAACAAUCCUGUGGAGCUCAAGGCACUUUAUCAGCAGUAUCAGCAGUUCAAAGAACACGACAUACCGCUAAAAGAAAACGAGAAAACCAAAAUCCAGAACCUCUACAAAAUGCUAGAGAUGUGGAUCGAGUUUGGACGUAUUCAGUUGCCCCCGGGUCAUCAUCCAAACGACGUGGAGAAGGAAUGGGGCAAAUUAAUUGUUGCCAUGCUGGAGAGGGAGAAGAGCCUGCGGCCAGAACUGGAAAGGCUUGAGAUGUUGCAGCAGAUUGCCAACAGAGUCCAGCGAGACUGUGUCAAUGGAGAAGACCGGCUGGCGCUGGCGAGAUCAGCUCUGCAGUCUGAUACAAAACGUCUUGAAUCAGGGAUUCAGUUUAUGAACGAGGCUGAGGUUGCAGCGUACCUGUUGGAGUGUGAGAAUAUCCUCCGGCAACAAGUGGUGGACAUCCAGAUUCUCCUGGAAGGGAAAUUCCCGUUUGCGGAUCAGCUUGUGCAGAGAGUCUCCAGGCUCCGGGACGAUCUCUUGGCCCUCAGAGCAGAAUGCUCCACGGUGUACAGCAAAGGUCGCUCCCUGACGACGGAGCAAACCAAGCGGAUGAUCUCAGGCAUCACGCAGAGCCUGAACUCUGGCUUCUCACAGAGCAUGAACGCAAGCUUGACGUCAGAUAUCACGCCCUCUCUCACCUCAGGGGGCUUGGGCACCCCCGGGUCCACGUUCACCUCCGGCCUCUCCCCGAGCCUCACCCCAUCAUCUCUGUCGCCCUCUCUGACGCCGGGCCUGCCACCCGCCUCGGUCCCCAGCUACAUGGGAAGCGGUGGCGGCAUGGAGCCUGGUAGCCUCAUGCACCUGAAACACAUGCAGAUCAGGAAGCCUCUGAUGAAGUCAUCACUGGCAGACCCCAGCAUGACGGAGGAGGAGGUCAACCUUAAAUAUGUGCAGGACCUCCUGAGCUGGGUGGAGGAGAUGCAGUUGCAACUGGAGCGCUCAGAGUGGGGAACGGAUUUGCCCAGCGUGGAAAUGCAUUUAGACAACCACAAGAGUGUGCACAGAGCCAUUGAGGAGUUUCAGAUGAGUCUCAAAGACGCCCGUCUGAGUGAAAUUCAGAUGACCAUGCCCCUGAAGCUGACGUAUUCAGACAAAGUCAACAAACUGGAAAAUCAGUAUGAGCAGCUGUUGAGUUGUUCGAGAGCGCGGCAGAGCCAGCUGGAGAGCCUUCACGACUUCGUGUCCGAGGCGACCCAGGAGCUCAUCUGGCUGAACGAGAAAGAGGAAGAGGAGGUCGCGUUCGACUGGAGCGAUCGCAACAGCAACAUCUCGCACAAAAGAGACUACCACGCUAAUCUGAUGAGGGAGCUGGAUGAAAAAGAGGAGGCCAUCAAGUCUGUGCAAGACAAGGCAGAGCGCCUGAUCGUGAAGAGCCACCCAGCCAGACUAACCAUUGAAGCGUAUAAAGCUGCAAUGCAGACACAGUGGAGCUGGAUUCUGCAGCUCUGCUCAUGCGUCGAACAGCAUCUUAAGGAGAAUGCUGUUUAUUUUGAGUUUUUCAGUGAUGCCAAAGUGUCCAUGGACUACCUUAAGAACCUCAAAGAUUCAAUUCAGAGAAAGUACAGCUGUGAUCGCUCGAGCAGCCUGCACCGGCUGGAGGAUCUCAUUCAGGAGUCCAUGGAUGAGAAAGAGCAACUUCUUCAGUACCGUAGCACUUUAGCCGGGUUAGUGGGAAGGGCCAAAAACAUCGUGCAGCUCCGGCCGAGAAACCCCGAAACUCCCCUGAGGUCGUCCAUUCCUGUCAAAGCAAUUUGUGAUUACCGUCAGAUCGAGAUCACCAUUUACAAAGAUGACGAGUGCGUGCUGGUGAACAACUCCCACCGGGCCAAGUGGAAAGUCAUCAACCCAGCAGGGAACGAGGCCAUGGUUCCCUCUGUUUGCUUCACCGUGCCUCCGCCCAACAAAGAGGCUGUUGAUUUGGUUGCAAGAACUGAGCAGCUGUACCAGAAUGUCCUGAUGCUGUGGCACCGCUCCCACGUCAACAUGAAGAGCGUGGUGUCCUGGCAUUACCUAAUGGCUGACGUAAAGGCCAUCCGCAACUGGAACGUGGCCUCGAUCAAGACGAUGCUGCCGGGUGAGCACCAGCAGGUCCUCAGCAACCUCCAGUCCCACUUUGACGAGUUCUUGGAGGACAGCCAGGAGUCAGAGGUGUUUACAGUGGCAGACUGCGCGCAGCUGGAGAGAGACGUGGCAGCCUGCAAGGAAUACUACCAGGAGCUGCUCAGAUCCGCAGAGAGAGAGGAACACGAGGAGUCGGUGUACAAUCAUUACAUCUCAGAAAUCCGCAACAUCCGUAUGAACCUGGAGUCCCACGAAGACCACCUGAUCAAGCAAAUCCGAUCACCGUUGGAGAGAGACGACCUGGAGCAGAGUCUGCAGCGCAUCACUGAACACGAGAGGAAGAUCUCAGAGCUGGAGAGGAUGAAGGGUGACCUGGACGUGACGAGGGAGAAGUGCGAGCAGUUCUUCAGACAGGCGGCGGGCUCUCCCUCUGCGUCGACGCUUUCCUCUGAGCUCUCUGUCCUUGUUCAAAGCAUGAGCCAAGUGUACUCCAUGUCCUCUAUUUAUAUGGACAAGUUGAAAACGGUGAGCUUGGUGGUGAAACACAGUCAGAGCGCAGAGGCUCUCGUUAAAGCCUACGAGUCCAAACUGUACGAAGAGGACGCCGUCAACUCGGAUGUCAAAUCUAUUGAAAGCGUCAUUUCUACACUCAAGCAAUGGCGGGCGGAGGUUGACGAGAGGCAGGAAGUCUUCCACGACAUGGAGGACGAGCUGCAGAAGGCUCAGGUCAUCAGCGAUCGCAUGUUUAAGGCUCACAACGAGAGAGACUUCGAUCUGGACUGGCACAAGGAGAAGGCGGAUCAGCUGAGUGAAAGAUGGCAGAACAUUCACUCCCAGAUCGAUGGCAGGCUGCGGGACCUGGACGGUAUCAGCAAGUCCCUAAAACACUACAGAGACUCCUACAGCAGCGUCGAUCAAUGGAUAGGAGAACUGGAAACAGCGCAGCUGAAAGCCCAGGAGAACAAACCGGAUGAUAGCAAGGCUCUGGCUGAGAUAUUAAACAAACAGAAAGUUCUUGUUUCUGAGAUGGAGCAAAAACAGAGCAGGAUCGAUGAGUGUCAGAAGUAUUCAGAGCAGUACUCGUCUGCUGUUAAGGAUUAUGAGCUCCAAUUAAUGACGUUCAGAGCGAUGGUCGACUCCCAGCACAAAUCUCCACUUAAGAAGCGCAAGAUGCAGAGCUCCUCUGAUGCCAUCCAGCAGGAGUUCAUGGAUCUCCGAACCCGCUACACUGCUCUUGUGACGCUUAUGACUCAGUAUGUGAAGUUUGCCAGUGAAACGCUGAAAAGAGCUGAAGACGAGGAGAGGUCUGUUGAUGAGGAGAAGCGAGAGCACGGUGAUAAAGUUAGCAAACUGUUACACUGGAUGUCUGAUGUGAAGCGGACCGCGAGCAAUGACGAGAAUGCUCAGACAGAUAGCAAUGCCAACGCUUCGAAUAAACAACAGGUAUCGGUUGAAGAAAUGGUUUCCAAAAAGGAGCAGAUUGCAGAAGCACUCAGGGCCACACAAACGAUGCUCAGCAAACACGGAGACAAGAUGACCGAGGAGGACAAGACGAAGACCCAGGAGCAGCUGAACGCUCUCAGUCAGGCCUACAGUGAAAUCUCCCAGCAGUGUUCAGAUCAGACGACCUCUGCAGAGGAGGAUUCAAAAGCCUCUGAUGAGGUUUGGACCACAGGAAAAGUGUUUGACCAACUGGCUUCUGUCGCUCUCCCGGACACGCCCGCAGGCUGCAGCCCCUCUUCCUCUGAGCCUCAUGUCCAGCUGGACUGGGAUGAUAGUGUCCAACAAAAUCACAUCCACACGUCUACACUCAACCACACCCCCACAUAUGAAUCAAGCAAGUGCGUGCCAGGUUCGCACAUCUCCUCCGUGUCCCUGUCUGAUAUAGCGGCAGCUCGGGGGGCUUCCGCUGGUCAGGAUCUGGUCAUGAAGAUAGUGGAGAUAAAGCCGAGCGGUGAGGGGUUGAACGUGUCCUACACGGGGGACAUGUUGACCGUAGAGAGGGCGUUUCAGUGCGGCCUGAUUCCCGCUUCUGUUUAUGUAAAGAUCCUUCAAAGGCAGGAAGACACAAGAGCUGCUGAUGGUCCGUCUCUCGGUGAGACAGAAGACGAGCGUAAACUUAGCGAGGCCGAUGGCCUCAUUUUAAGGUGCCUCAGUAAAAAUGAGCCUCUUGCCUCAGGGAAAACUGCCCGUCUGAGGUCUAAUGGGGAAGGUAUUGUUGAUCAGGGGUCCGCUUCAGGGCCCGACGAUUGUCCUGGAGAUCUGCACAAUGACGAGCUGAGGGUGGACGUAGCGGUUCAGUGUGAUUUGGUGAGCUCCAGCAGCACGCUCAUCGUGUUGGGACAGCAGCAGCAGUUCAUGGGCGUCGUGCUGCCUCUCCCUGGGGAAACCGUGUCCGGCUCCCUCCGGCGCGACCACCAGAUCACCACCGGCGAGUUCACCAGCAAGCUCUUCAGCAAUCGAGGAAAGAUCGCCGCUUUUUACCUCCCAGAGAGCUCAGAGGUGAUAGAUCUCACGGCCGCCGUUGCAAACGGUCUGAUCGACAGCUGCACGGCGGACGUCGUGAGAUCUGCGGAAAUCCCCGGCGCCACACCCGCCGUUGAUCACCUGGAGGAAAUGUUUUCGUCGUGGCUCAUGUAUAAGAAGCUGUCCGUCGACGGAUGGCUCCAUUCUGCGGCCGUUUCGGACCUUCCCUCUCCGUCAGAGGCCGAGCGGUUAUUCAUGUCUCACUUGACGAUAAAUAGUUACGUCGAUCCCAGAUCAGCCCAGAGGGUUUUGAUUCUCGACAGCCAGUCCCAAACUUUUCUUCAAAAUGUUACUCGCUUCGCUUUUGACACUGGACAUGACAGAGAGCAGGCAGCUGUACAGAUGUUGCUAAUAAAUGAGGAAAUGGAAGAGGUUAUAGGAGAUGAUUCCUGGGAUUUUGUCUCUGAAAUCGAUGGGACAAUUACCCCUGAUGAAAACUCCCCUGGGCCUGAGCUGAAUAAUUCAGCCUGCGUGGACAACAUAUCUGUGAGCUUUAAAGAGACAUCUAUCACAGAUGCCCGAGUUGAGAAACAAGCUUUUAUGCAUGAAUUCUCAGACGUCAAUGGCAUUGAAACUGACGUAAAGAGAGAAACUGCCGCCCAUUUCAAACGGCAGGAAACUGAAGAAAGAAAGAGUUUACUGUGUGACCCCAGAGAGGCUGACGGUACAAGCCUCGAUGACCCAGCGAUUCUGGAGACACCAGUGCCUCCCACUUUAUCCUCCGCAAUGAGUAAAAAUGCUGAUCCGCCGUUUGAUUAUGAGUCUGCCAUAAACUUUCAACGCGAGAUGCUGCUGGACUGCAGCGCUGAGUCACUGUGCAGAGAAUCACCGAGCGCUGAUGUGAACCAACCGUACUUUUUAUGCUCCUCUGAUGCGAUUGAAGGUGAGAAGAAGCUUAACAGUCCUCUUCAGGUUCAUGAAGACCAAAAGGAGGAGGAGGAGGUUGAUCUUACUGUCUCCUUGGGGUCUCUAAAGAAUAGAGUGGCUGGACAGACAGGACCAGAGCUCAAUAACGUGCAGUCAGAUAAAAUAAUCAGUGCAUUGGGAGUCAAUGAAGACACAACGUUGGGUCUUAGACAGACAGACAUUUCUCAAACGGAGCAGGCGACCUCUUUGAAGUCUGAUUGCCCUGUUAGCUUCAGGAAAGACUCUGAAUUUGGAUCAAGUAAAACUGAGCCGGUUGCCCUAAAGCUCCAAACAUGCUCUUAUUUCGGAGGAGACAUUAAAGACGCAGAGGAUGCUGGUUUAGAGGGAAAUGCUGGAGCAACGAACAGCCGUGCACACCGUGGUCCCGUUGCUGAGAUGAUCUCACCCUCCUCUUUGAUUCCCGUUUCUGCAGAUGUUGUUUUUCAUCCAGACAGACCGCCCGCGGUGAAUGAAGCCUGUGACUCACGGGCUUCAUUCACCAGGCAGCUGACAGGUGGAACCGAUGUCCGCGGUACUGUCAGAGAGGACGGUGCUCCUUUAAAGGAGUCGGCUGCGUCUAGUCCCAGUGACAUCAGUGCUGACUCAGACAGCCGACCUCAGCGUGCAUCUGUUGCGUUCUGCGCUCCUAAAGCUGAGAGUCAGCGCAUAGAUGAGCUUUUCGAUGCGGGGCGUGAUUGCCCAGAGGGACCUCCUGCUGUUGGUGAGAGUGAAUCAGGGACAUCUGCACCCCUUCGCAGCCAGUUCUGUUUAGAAACGAAAAGGGACGGAAACAGUGAUCAGUGCUCAGAUUCAAACGGCGGACCGGCUCAAAGUCUGCGUCACUGGCCGUCCUGCAAUUUAGUUGAAAGUGGAUUUAUUUCACCGUCGGACGGCGGUGGUACCAGUGGCAUAAAAGAUGCAGAAGAUGGCAGCAGCUAUGCAUCACCUCAGCCAGCUGGGCUUCAUUUAAAAGCUGAUUCUAGUGCGGAUGUUGAACCUCUUUACCGUGAUAUCUCUGAGAGAGGGAGCGGCUUUGUUUAUGACAUCCCUCCGCAACAAUCAAGCACCUCCUCUCAGAUAACUCUUUUAUUCAGUGACAUGAAAGCAACAGACACUCACAACCAUGGAUGUGACGUGGAAGGUCCGUCGCUGACUAAUAAAGAUGUGUCAGAGCCAAACAGUAGUGGUGGAAAUGAAACCAAUGCUAAAAUAUACAAGGAGAGGCUUUCCCCAGAGAGGCAACAUGAUGACGUUUUCAUGGCCACCAAUGAGGCUACGGAGGACCCAGUAUCAACGCAGGAGAAGCCUGAUAAGAAUGUAAAUGUGUCCCGUUUAAAUCGACCACAUGAAGCAUCAGACAUUCAGUCGAGACAACAUGAACUCCUGGGAUCUGAUGCUAAAUCAGAGAAAGCUGCAGAUCUGUCUAACGGCGACAUUACAUCCUCCUUUUGCUGCUCGAGUCAGUCCACCUUGUAUAAAGCCGUAAAGGUUUUAGUAGACGAGCAGGAGGAGAUCGAACAAACUGAACACAAUCUUCAACCUAUAGAACAAGACCGUUUUCAGGGACUCGAUAGGAACGCUACCGCUUCAGAUCCUCUCAUGGAUACGGUAGAUGAAAAUACCCCGUCGCCAAACGGCGGCGACGGCAGGAACUCUGAACUGACGCGUGAGGAGGAUGAGGCCUGUGAAACCAAAGAACAACGCAAUCAUUGGAAUAUGCAGCUGCAGCUUCUUAACACCAUCUCUAUGAGCCAAGACAUGUCAGUCCUUCAACAAAUGGUGGAAAGCCAGGAGGAGCGGUCGUCCAUGCUGGAGACCAUCAAAGAGGAGAGCUCGGAGGGCGAGGACGAGGAGUCGGCAAAAGAAGAUUCAAGCAACUGUGAUCCUGCUAACGCCGUUCCCAACCUGUGCGCCCAGGUGCCCGGCAGCCUGGGUGCCUACAAAGCUGAGUUAUUCUCCAUCCAGGAUUACUUGGAGUGCGUUGGCAGACUGCAAGAUCAUGCUGAUGUUUUAGAAGACGUAAAAAAAGACCUUUUGACGCAGGCACCUUUGGCGAAAAACAUGGAAGGGCUGCAGAUCCAAUUAGUGGAGUGUCAGUCUUUAGAGGCUGAGCUUUCCAGACUGGGCAGUGUCCUGUCGGAGGAUUUGGAGAAAGCUAAACGGCUCCUAAACUCCGCCGAUGAAAACCAAAUCUCCGCACAAAUCCACCAUGAUUUGGCCUCUGCAUAUCUGCAGUUGGAGUCAAAUUUCACUGCUGUCUCCCAAAUGUGUGCUGAACGGAAUGGCUCUCUGAAUCAAGCCAUGCAAGCAGAGGAGUCACAAUUGGAGUCAACAUACCAGAAACAUCUCAACGAUCUUCACAAAUUGACCGGCAUCAUUCAACAUAACUCUGAGAUGUGGGAUAUGGAUUUAACCACAUGUGAUGUGGACGCCCUGAAACAUCUGAGUCAGCUGAACAGGGACGCAGAUAAUCUUCUCUCGAAAGAAACCCGUCUCAGAUUGGAGGAUGUUGCGUUUGACAUCCAGUGCUUCAUAUCUGACCACGCUCAGCUCCUGAGCCCGGCUCAGAGCAGUCGCCUCCUUAAGUCGCUCACCAGCGCGCAGCGAGCGUUCAGGGAGCAGACAGAAAAGCUCGCCACACAGAGGAGUGCCUUAGAUGCCCUGCUGGACGCUAAAGAGAAAGAAAAGCAGGAAGAGUCUUUAUUGGAAAAGCACAAGGAGUUCACAGAAAAGCUUGAGGACGUGUGUGACAAUCUCACUCUGACUGAAAACCGGCUGAUUGGUCAUCAGCAGCAGGCCGAUAGUGCCGAGAGCGUCACGGAUCUCCAACAGUACCAGCAGGAGCACCAGGCCCUGCAGAAGGAUGUCUUGACGAAUGCCAGCGCUUUAAAUGAAGUGAUCAUCAGCACCAAGAAGUUUCUGGAGGAGAACCGCAGCAAGCUGUCACCAGCUGAGAUCGCAGCGAUCGAGGGAAAGCUGGAGGAGGCCAAAAGCAAAGCCGAGCUCAUGAACGAGCGGGCGGAGGAGUCCAGGAAGGAUUUGGAGAAAGUUGUGACAACAGCCAUAAAGCAGGAAAGCGAAAAGGCGGCGGCUGUCGAACGGCUUGAAGAAAGUAAAAGCAAAAUUGAAGGUCUUCUGGACUGGAUUUCCAACGUCGGCAAUGAAAACAUGAGCAGUCUGGAUCAGACGGACCAUAUAAGCAAAGAGAAUGGGAACCUGCCAGAGGAGGCCGCAGCCAAAGGACUGACAGGGGAUGACGAUGCCAAUGGAAAUGCUUUAAAGAGCUCAGAAAACGAUUUUGGCAGUGACACCAAAGAGGAGAACACCGCAUCCCUGGACCUCGAUAAACAGUAUGACCGGGUCAAGGCCCACCAUCAGGAGAUUCUGUCCCAGCAGCAGGAUCUGAUCAUGGCUACGCAGUCCGCUCAGGCCCUGCUCGAAAAACAAGCCAACAUGCUGUCUCCUGAGGAGAAGGAGAAACUUCACAGGAACAUCCAAGACCUAAAGGAGCGCUAUGACGCCUCGCUGACCCAGGCUGAACAGCAGAUGAAGCAGGUGCAGUCGGUCCAGGAGGAGCUGAAGAAGUUCAAGGACGACUGUGAGGAGUUCGAAGACUGGCUGAAGCAAGCUGAAGUGGAGGUGGAGGAGCUGGGCGCUCCGGCGGGCUCCCUUAACAUCCUGAGUGAUAAACUUCAGAAACAGAAAGCGUUCUCGGAGGACGUCAUUUCCCGCAAGGGAGACCUCCGCUUCAUCACAAUGUCAGGACAGAAGGUGCUGGAUGUAGCUAAAAACUGCGGAUCGGCCGACGCUGCGUCCAAGAAGGCUUCGCUACAUGUGGACACUUCAGGGGCCUGUUCUGCCGUCAAGGAUAAACUGGAUUCAGCGGCCAGUCGAUACAAAACACUGCAUUCACAGUGCAAUCUGCUUGGCAACAACCUCAGAGAAGUGGUUGACAAGUACAAGAAGUACGAUGACUCAAGCACGGCUCUCCUCAAGUGGUUGAACAACUCGGAGCAGGAGGCCAGGAAGCAGCAGUCAGAAGCCAUCGCAGCCGACCCACAAACCCUGCAGAAACAGCUGGAGGAGACAAAGGCUUUACAGGGUCAGAUGAUGGGGCACCAGACGGCUGUUGACGCGUUGCGUAAAACAGCCGAGUCAUUGGUGACAUCAGAAGGAAACCUCCUGAGCAACCCGGAUGAGAUACAGGAGACGACAGAUGACAUCGUCGAGCGCUACGACAAUCUUUCCAAGUCCGUGAGUGACCGAAAUGAGAAACUGCAAAUCACCCUGACGCGCUCGAUGAGCGUCCAGGAUGGUUUGGAUGAGAUGAUGGGAUGGAUGGAAGGAGUGGAGGCAAGCGUAAAGGAGGAAGACAAAAUACCACUGGACUCUUCAUCUAUCGGGGAUAUGCUCAGUAGAGAAGCAGCUCUGGAGCAGGACAUAGCGAGCCGCCAGGGAAGCAUCUCGGCCAUCAAAGCCAAAGUCAAGAAGUUUGUGGAGACGGCAGACCCCUCUGCCGCUGAGCUUCUGCAGACAAAGAUGCACGCUCUCUCGCAGCGCUUCUCCGACGCCUGUGACAAGCACAAGCAGAAGGUUUCCCAGCUGGAGCAGCUGAAAGAAAAGGUGGAAGAGUUUGAAAAGGUCAGCGAUAAAGUCCAGCAGUUUGUCAUGAAGCGUUCCCAGGAUCUGCACGAGACGGACGGACCCGGGAAGACGUUCAACGAACUGUCUGAGCAAAUGCAGAACACAAAAGCGGAGAUGGCUGAAUAUGGCGGUGACAUGGAGAAGCUCCACACUCUGUGCAGGGAGCUGUGUGAGAUAAGCCCCGACGGAAACAAAGCUCAGCUCCAGAGCAAGGUUGAAAAUGUCUCGAAUAUUUUUAGAUCCUUCAAGGACGCGGUCAAAGAAAAGGAGGAAGAGCUCUCAUCCUGUCAGGACCAGCUGGGAGAGUUCAGAUCGGCGGUCUGCGUGCUCACCAAGUGGCUGGAAGAGACCAAUGACAAAGUACCUGCCGCUCAGCCGAGCAGCAGUGAGAAAAAUCUGGAGAAAGAGCUGCAGAUUGUCACUGAGCUGCUAGACGAAUGGAAAACUAAAGACUCUGCAGUCAAAGAGCUGAACAGCAAAGGGUCGGCGCUGUGCAGCCUGAUCGCCUCUCUCACGUCCUCUGCCAAGACGAAGACCCCUAACAAGUCCGCGCUAACUAAUGGUGGUGGUCCAGAAGGCCAUACCUACCUAACAAAUAAAGAGCUGAUGGGAAUUCAGCAGAGCAUGUCGUUCAUCAGUGAGGGUUACUCAGACCUUGGAGAAACCCUGAAAAACCGCGUCCAGCAGUUGAAUAGUGGGCUGCAGGAGGUAAAAGAGGCCCAAAAAGAGACGGAGGAGAUGAUGACAUGGCUGAAGGACAUGAAAAAUACAGCAGCAUCCUGGAACACGGCAGCAGCUGAGAAUGACUCUGUGAAAACACAGCUUGAACAGCAGAAGACAUUUGAAGAUGGCAUGAAGAAGAAGCAGGAGCAGCUCCAGAAACUAAGAGAGAGGCUUCAGGGCCUGAUCUCAGCUAACCCAAGCAGUCCCGAAGCUGCAAAAUGGAAGAAGAUGCUAUCAGAAAUAGAUGCUGCGUGGACGGAAAUUAGUGGCUCUGUGGAAGAGAGGAAGCAGAACCUGGAGCAGUCCAAUAAGAAUCUAGAAAUAUUCCAGACCACAGACCUGCAGCUCAGCCAGUGGCUCUCUGAGAAGGAGCUCAUGAUGGGUGUUCUUGGACCUCUCUCCAUCGACCCAAACAUGCUUAAAAUGCAGAAGCAACAAGUUCAGAUUCUGCAGAAUGAGUUUAAGAGCCGUAAACCUCAAUAUGAGCGACUUGAAGAAGCGGCCUCUGCCAUCCUCAGCUCAUCAGGCAAACAAGAGCCCUCAAGUGGGAAGCUGGUGAAGGACAAACUUGCUGCUGUCUCCCAAAAAUGGCAGAGCCUGACUGGACAGCUGGACCAGCGCAACAGCCUCAUCGACCAAGCGGUGGUGAAGACCGGACAGUUUCAGGAGUUGCUGAGGAGCCUCAGCAACACGGCAACUCAGCUGGAGAACCAGCUCACCAACCACCACAGCAGCAGCGCCCAACCGGAUGCCGUGAAGAAGCAGCUGGAAGACGUCCAGAACAUCUCGGCUCAGCUGCGGGAGGAGAGGAAGAAGCUGAAGCAAGCUGAGGCCGUCAAUGCGGAGCUCUCCGCAUUGGUGACUGAGGACUAUCUUAAAGCUGACCUGGUCAGGCAGCUGGAGAGUGUCAGCAAGCCGUUUAAACAGCUGGAGGACAAAGCAGCUAAACUGAUUGAGCAGCUGAGCUCGACCUUUGCGAGCUCUCAGCAGUUCCAUCAAACCUCCAAAGACUUCCAGUCUUAUCUGGCCGAGAAGCUCCAGGACCAGGAUAACUCUCCGCCCAUCUCUGCCAAAGUGGACGUUCUGCAGCAAACUUUGGAGGAGCACAUCAAGCGGCGGAUGUCUCUCAUGGAACACGAAGAAGCUUACAAUACAAUCGCCGGGAAAGGAGAGAUGUUGCUGCAGAGUACCGACGGUGCGGAAAAGCUGGCGCUGCAAGGGCAGCUCGAUACCCUGUCUUCCAACUGGGAGGAAGUAAAGAAAUGCUCUGCAGAGAAGGUGGACAAACUCCAAGCUGCUCUGCUGAGAUCUCAGAAGUAUCAGACGGUUGCAGAGAAGCUGAGUUCCUGGAUUCAGGAAUGUGAAGCGAGUGAGGGUCGUAUCACACUCACCGUUGAUCCCGUAGCCGCCGAGGGCUCCAUUUCUCAGGUAAAAGCUCUCCAGAAGGAUGUCGACAAGCACAGAGGGUUGGUGGAGCAGCUCAACACCAGCGCCGAAAGACUUCUGGAGGUGGCCAACGAAGACACCGAAGCUGUAAAAGAAGAGAAAGAUAGCCUUGGUACAAGAAUAGACAAAUUAGUGGAAGGACUGCAGACAAAGAGGGAAAACCUGGAGAAAAUCUCACACACUGUUAAAGAGUUUAACGAUGCCUACAAGGAGGCAAAGGGUCAACUUGAGGGAGCCAAGAAGCAGGUGGAUGUCUUUGAAUCAAAGGGGGUCCAGGCACACAGCAACAAGGACCUUACAAACUUGAAAGCCGAACAUAAGAGUUUAGAGGGAGUGCAGAACCAAGUGGAGCACAUGAAGGCCUUGGCAAAAGAUCUUGUAGUAGAUGUGCCCGGUGCUGAAGGAGUAACUGACCUCCUACUCCAGGUGGACAGCAUGGAAAGCGACUACAGCAACCUUAACACAAAGCUGGAGGAGGCGUGCCACGAGCUAGAGAGUAAACUGCAGGGUAUCGGGCAGUUCCAGAACAGCAUUCGUGAGAUGUUUUCCCGUUUCGCAGAACUGGACGACGAGCUUGACAACAUGUCUCCAGUGGAUUUAGACUUGGGUACCUUUAAAGAGCAGCAGCAGAGCAUUCAGAGUUUCACGGCUAAGCUGCAGGAGCUAAUGGCCGACACAGUCACCGCAGGGGAGCGUUGCAAGAAAAUGCUAAAAGAGUCGGAAUCGUCACCAGACCUUUUGGGCCUGAAGAGAGAUCUGGAUGCCCUGAGCAAGCAGUGCGGCAAACUUAUGGACCGGUCCAAGGGGAGGGAGGUCCAGGUGCAGAGUACUCUUGCCAAGCUGGAGGAGCUGUACGACAAAGUGCAUCAGGUGGAAGAUAAACUGCUCAGAGCUGUGGACAGGGAGGCAUCCCAGGAGGCGGUUAGCUUGGAGACAGAUGUUAUCAACCAACAGCUGGAUGCUUUAAAGGGUUUCCAGAAAGAAGACAUUGAUCCAUUACAGGCACAGCUCCAUGACAUCAACUCACUCGGGCAGGGCCUCAUCCAGAGCGCUGCAAAAGGCACCAGCACCAAAAAAAUCGAGGAUGACCUGGACAGCGUCAACUCUAAGUGGAAUACUCUUAAUAAAAAGGUCGCUGAGCGUUCAGCCCAGCUGCACGAAGCCUUGCUGCACUGUGGAAGGUUUCAGGACGCUCUGGAGUCCCUCCUCAGCUGGUUGACCGACACAGAAGAGCUUGUGGCCAGUCAGAAGCCUCCUUCUGCUGAAUUCAAAGUGGUCAAGGCCCAGAUACAGGAGCAGAAACUCCUACAGAGACUGCUGGAUGACCGAAAGCCAACCGUGGAGCUCAUAAAAAACGAGGGAGGAAAGGUCGCAGAACUGGCAGAGGCCGUGGACAAGGAGAAGAUCUCCAAAGAGAUUGAAUGCUUGGGAGAGCGGUGGGACAAUCUGCUCAGGAAAGCUGAAAAUAGGCAAAAGCAACUGGAGAGCAUCUUAGUGGUCACGCAGCAGUUUCAUGAGACUCUGGAGCCACUGAACGAGUGGCUGGCAGCCACAGAGAAACAUCUGGCCAACUCUGAGCCAACUGGUACUCAGACGUCCAAGUUGGAGGAUCAGAUUGUCCAGCAUAAGGGCUUAGAGGAGGAGAUUUUGGGUCACAGUAAAGACCUGUUGCAGGCUGUCAGUCUGGGUCAGAUGCUUAAAUCUGUAAGCUCGGUGGAAGAGAAGGAGUUCGUUCAGUCCAGGCUGGACGCCACCCAGGCCAAUUACAUAGAGCUCCAGGAGAGAUGCCGGAGGAAAGCUGACAUGCUGCAGCAAGCUCUGGCCAACGCCCAGUUGUUUGGAGAGGACGAGGUGGCUCUCAUGAACUGGCUCAGCGAGGUGCACUCCAGGCUCGAGGAAGUGUCCGUGGAGGACUACGAAUCUGACGUUCUUGACAGGCAGUUGGCAGAACAGCGGACACUCCAAAGUGAUAUUGAGUUAAGGAAGACAAAUGUAGACCAAGCCAUCUCCAAUGGAAUGGAGCUUCUGAAGCAAACCACUGGUAUUAAACAGGCACAGCUGGAUGGAAUAAAAUCAAAGUAUGCUGAAAUCAAAUCCAUGAGUGACAAUGUUUUGAAGACACUGGAGCGGGUCUUGAGUCUCUCCAAUAAGCUCCAGGACACUCAUCAGGACUUGAACACCUGGUUAGCGACAGCCGAGGCUGAGAUGAAGACCUUUGCUGAUCAGGACCCAGUGGGCGAGCAGCUGAUCCAUUCCCAAAAUAGACAAAAAGCCUUACUCAAAGAGGCCAAAGACCAAAAACCUGCCUUGGAGAAGCUAAACGAGCUAAGCAGUUCACUCCUGGACCUGAUCCCCUGGCACACUCGAGAGAGUUUGGACAAGCUGGUGACUGAAGAUAACGAGCGGUACAAAGUCAUUCAUGACACCAUCACUCAGCAGGUCGACCAGAUCAACGCUGACAUCCUCAAAUCUCAGAAGUUUGAGCAGGCCGCCGACACUGAACUCUCCUGGCUGGCCGAUGCUGAGAGGAAGCUGCUGUCCAUGGGUGAGAUCAGGCUGGAGCACGACCAAACUACAGCCCAGCUCCAAGCACAGAAGAUUUUCUCCAUGGAUAUCAUGAAGCACAAAGAUGCUGUGGAUGAGAUUGUAAAAACCGCAAAGGCCAUCAUGAACAGCAAAAACCCAGAAGAGAAAGAAGCCCUGAAGACCAAGAGCCAGAUUCUCCUGGAUAAAUACGGUAUUGUCAGUCAGCUGAAUUCGGAGCGCUGUCUCCAGCUGGAGCGAGCGCAGUCUCUGGCUGGCCAGUUUUGGGAGACCUACGAAGAAAUGUGGCCGUGGCUGCAGGAGACGCUGGGCACCUUCAGCCAGCUGCCACCGCCUGCCAUCGAAUAUGAAACACUCAGACAACAACAAGAGGAACUCCGGCAAAUGCGAGAGCUGAUUGCCGAGCACAAGCCCCAUAUCGACAAGAUGAAUAAGACGGGUCCCCAGUUGCUUGAACUGUCCCCGGUGGAGGGAGCUCCCAUUAGAGAGAAGUACUCGGCUGCCGACCAGCUGUACGCCAAACUCAAGGCGGAUGUCAAGGAGAGAGCUGCCAGUUUGGAUGAAGCCAUCUCCAAAUCCACCCAGUUCCAUGACAAGAUUGACCCGAUGCUGGAGUCCCUGGAGCGGAUUGCUGAACGCCUGCGCCAGCCUCCGUCCAUCUCAGUAGAGGUGGACAAGAUCAAGGAGCAGAUUACUGAAAACAAGGCUGUUUCUAUGGAUCUGGAGAAACUGCAGCCUGCUUAUGAAACGCUGAAGCAACGAGGUGAAGAGAUGAUUGCAAGAUCCGAAGGAGCAGACAAAGACAUCUCUGCCAAAGCUGUUCAAGACAAGCUGGACCACAUGGUGUUCUUGUGGAACGACAUCCAGGCCUUGUUGGAGGAGCGGGAGGCGAAGCUGCUGGACGUGAUGGACAUGGCCGACAAAUUCUGGUGCGACCACUGCGCUCUCAUCAUGACCAUCAAAGACAGCCAGGACCUGCUGAGGGAGCUGGAGGAACCCGGAGUCGACCCCUCCGUUGUCAAGCAGCAGCAGGAAUUUGUAGAGGGAUUUAAGGAGGAAAUCGAUGGGCUGCAGGAGGAGCUCGAUGUGGUGCGGAACCAGGGUGCAGAGCUUAUGACUGCCUGUGGAGAACCUGACAAGCCUGUAAUAAAGAAAAGUGUGGAUGAGGUGAAUUCAGCGUGGGAGAAUCUCAACAAGACCUGGAAAGAAAGAGUGGAGAGACUGGAAGACGCUAUGCAGGCUGCUGUGCAGUUUCAAGAUGGUCUGCAGGGCAUGUUUGACUGGGUGGAUAUUCUAGAGAACAAACUGGAUUCAAUGUCCCCCGUGGGCACAGACCUGGAGACGGUCAAGCAGCAGAUUGUGGAGCUCAAGGAGUUCAAAGGAGAAUCCUACCAGCUCCAGAUCGAGAUGGAGCGCCUGAACCACCAGGCCGGCCUCCUGCUGAAGAAGGUGACUGAGGAGGCUGAUUGCUGCGCCAUCCAGGAGCCGAUGUCCGAGCUCAAAAUGCUCUGGGACAACCUGGAUGAGAAGAUCAUCGGCCGACAGCACAAACUGGAGGGGGGGCUGCUGGCGCUGGGCCAGUUCCAGCAUGCACUGGACGAGCUGCUGGCCUGGAUGAGCCACACGGAGGAACUGCUCAACGAACAGCGGAAGGCUGCAGGGGACCCCAAAGCCAUCGAGAUAGAGCUCGCCAAGCAUCACAUCCUACAGAUAGAUGUGUUGGCUCACAAGUCGACAGUGGAGUCUGUGAACAAAGCCGGCAACGAGCUGGUGGAGUCUAGCGCCGGCGAGGAAGCUUCCAGUCUGCAGAGCAAGCUGGAGAGUCUCAACCAGAGGUGGAAGGCCAUCCUUGAGAAGACGGACCAGAGGAAGCAACAGCUCGAGGCGUCUCUGCAUCAGGCCCAAGGUUUCCAUGGCGAGAUAGAAGAUAUGCAGCAAUGGCUGAAAGACACAGAACGUCAGCUGUUGGCAUCAAAGGCUGUGGGAGGUUUACCAGACACGGCCCGGGAGCAGCUUAACGCCCAUCUGGAGUUGUGUUCUGCCUUUGAGGCCAAGGGGGAGCAGUAUCGGGAGCUGCUUGACAAGGGCGGCCAGCUGCUUGCCAUGAUGCCCGAGGGCCCGGACAUCAAUACGGAGCAGGACCUGUCCCGUCUGAAGGAGAAAUGGGAAGCCGUGCAGGCGAAGGUCGCCGAGAGGAAGGCAAAACUUGAAGAGGCUUUAACGCUGGCCACCGAUUUCCACGACUCUCUUCAGGACUUCAUCGUGUGGCUAACCCAGGCAGAACAGGCGCUGAACACGGUUUCUCCUGCUUCCCUCAUUUUGGAGACCAUCAUGUUUCAAAUUGAUGAGCAUAAGAUCUUUGUGACCGAGGUGAACUCCCACAGAGAGCAAAUUAUCGAGCUGGACAAGACGGGGACGCAUUUAAAGUACUUCAGCCAGAAACAGGAUGUGGUGCUGAUCAAGAACCUUCUGCUCAGCGUGCAGAGCCGCUGGGAGAAGCUGGUGCAGAGGUCCGUGGAGCGAGGUCGCCUGCUGGACGACGCCAGGAAGAGGGCAAAGCAGUUCCAUGAAACUUUCAACAAACUAAUGGAGUGGUUGGAUGAAUCCGAGAAGGCCCUGGACUCCGAGGUGGAAAUUGCCAACGAUCCGGACAAAAUCAAGAUGCAGCUGGCACAGCACAAGGAGUUCCAGAAAGCGCUGGGUAGCAAACACUCUGUGUACGACACCAACGCUCGAACCGGGCGGGCCCUGAAAGAUAAAACCGUCCUUCAGGACGAUAAGCAGAAACUGGACGACAUGUUGAGUGAACUGAGGGACAAGUGGGACACGGUUUGUGGAAAAUCAGUGGAAAGACAAAACAAGCUGGAGGAGGCGCUGCUGUUCUCGGGUCAGUUUACGGAUGCCCUCCAGGCUCUCAUCGAUUGGCUGUACAAGGUGGAGCCCCAGCUGGCCGAGGACCAGCCGGUACACGGCGACAUAGACCUGGUUCUCAACCUGAUCGACAACCACAAGGGUUUCCAGAAAGAGCUGGGAAAGCGGACGGUGAGCGUUCAGGCUCUGAAGCGUUCGGCGAGGGAGCUGGUUGAGAACAGCCACGAUGACUCCUCCUGGGUCAAAGUCCAGAUGCAGGAGCUCAGCACCCGCUGGGACACCGUGUGCAACCUAUCUGUGUCGAAGCAGGCCCGGCUGGAGCAGGCCCUCUGCCAGGCUGAGGAGUUUCACUCCACUGUUCACAUCCUGCUGGAGUGGCUGGCCGAGGCCGAACAGAGUCUGCGCUUUCACGGUAGCCUACCCGACGACGAGGAAGCUCUGCGGGCGCUGAUUGAACAACACAAGGAUUUUAUGAAGAAGCUGGAGGAGAAGCGAGUGCCUCUGAAUAAAGCAACGAGCAUGGGGGAGGCUAUUCUCAGCAUAUGCCAUCCAGACUCCAUCACUACCAUCAAGCACUGGAACACCAUCAUUAAAGCCAGGUUUGAAGAGGUGCAGGCCUGGGUCAGGCAGCAUCAGCAGCGGCUGGCCGUGGCGCUCACCGAGCUGUUGGCCACUCAGGAGCUGUUGGAGAAUUUGCUGACCUGGCUGCAGUGGGCCGAGACUAACCUCGACGACAGGGACAGAGAGACGCUGCCACAGGAGAUUGAGGAAAUCAAGAGCCUCAUAGCAGAACACCAGACCUUCAUGGAGGAAAUGACCAGAAAGCAGCCAGAUGUUGACAAAAUCACUAAAACACAUAAAAGGAAACCCACUGUGGAGCCCCAAAUACAAUCACAGAUCCCUGUGCUUGACAAAGGACGGGCUGGAAGAAAACGCUCUCCCACACAAACCAUGUACGCAUCGACAACACAAGCUCCAAUUGAAACCAAGAACCCACGAGUCAACCUGCUGGUCACCAAGUGGCAGCAUGUGUGGCUGCUGGCUUUGGACAGAAGGAGGAAGCUCAACGAUGCGCUGGACAGACUGGAGGAGUUGAAAGAAUUUGCCAACUUUGACUUUGAUGUGUGGCGGAAACGCUACAUGCGCUGGAUGAACCACAAAAAGUCUCGAGUGAUGGACUUCUUCCGCCGCAUUGACAAGGACCAGGAUGGCAAGGUGACCCGGCAGGAGUUCAUCGAGGGAAUUCUCUCAUCCAGAUUCCCGACCAGCCGACUGGAGAUGAGCGCCGUGGCGGACAUAUUCGACAGAGACGGCGACGGUUACAUUGACUACUACGAGUUUGUGGCAGCUCUUCAUCCGAACAAAGACGCCUACAAGCCGUUGACAGACGCUGACAAAAUUGAAGAUGAAGUUACACGUCAAGUUGCAAAAUGCAAAUGUCCAAAAAGAUUCCAAGUAGAGCAAAUUGGAGCAAAUAAGUACAGGUUCUACCUUGGAAACCAGUUCGGAGACUCUCAGCAGCUGCGUCUUGUGCGGAUUUUACGCAGCACCGUGAUGGUGCGGGUGGGGGGAGGCUGGAUGGCUCUGGAUGAGUUCCUCGUGAAGAACGACCCCUGUCGAGCUAAAGGCCGGACCAACGUGGAGCUUCGCGAGAAGUUCAUCCUCCCGGAGGGAGCAACACAGGUAAUGGCCAGCUUCCGCUACAGAGGUCGGAGGUCUCGUCCAUCGUCCAGAGGAGCCUCUCCCAACAGAUCCACCUCGAGUCAGAGCUGCCCAGUUCCAUCAAACCCUGCUGCCAUCGGCACUCCCAAGACUCAGCACAUUACCCGCAAUUAUGAUAAGCCAUGGCUUACAAACAGCAAACCAUCCACUCCUCUUAAAUCAUCAGACUCCUUUGAAAGCCAAGGUUCAUCCUCAGAGGGCUCAGCAGUUCAAGGCAGCAAACUGCGUCUUCCAGGCUAUUUAUCCGGCAAAGGAUUUCAGUCGGGUGAGGAGGGAACCUUGAUCAACGCUGCUGUACUGAAGGCUCGAGCACAGACCAUUGGUGAGUCAAGAAGAAAUUCCAGCCGACCAGGAAGUAAAGCCGGCAGCAGAGGCAGCAGUCGCAGGGGGAGCGACGCCUCCGACUUCGACAUCUCAGACAUCCAGUCCGUGUGCUCAGACGUCUCUGAGACGGUCGGCGAGUCGGCGCGGGCGACUCCACGCUCUGCAUCCCGCCAACACGGAGGAAAACCAUCCAAGAUCCCCACUCCUCAAAGGAGAACCACUACUUCAAGCAAACUGGCCAAGGGAUCCAAGCGAUAGUCAGUGGCCUUUUAAAACAAUGACCCUGAAGCUAGUUGCACCCUAAACGUAUACUGGACUCUGUCGAUGUCUACCUUAAGAGACUGCAAAUGUGUUUGAGUGUUAUUUAAUUUGUCGGGAAGAUGUAAAAUAUUCUGUUAAGAGGCAAUAUGGUUUAAUGUUGUGUGCGAAUGGAUUGUUAAUGGCCCUGCGUGUGUUUGAUUUUACUUUUUUUUAAUGUAUUUAAAUUUUUUUUCUGGAAAAUGUCAAAUUGUUUUUUAUGGUAUUUAAUUUUAUUUAUGCAAAUCCUGUAGAGGUUUGAUGAACACUAAAAAAAAAAAAAAAUCUGGGAAUAACCUUGCUGAAUGGUAAAAUUAACAUGUCUUCACUCUGAUGAAGGGCAAAAAAGCAGGAGAGCGUUUCGAAAGUAACUGAAUGUACUGUAACUUAUGCCUGCUGAUGUUUUGGAGUAGAUGGUGCAAUAUCGUACCGCUUGAGGCACUGCAAAUAUCUAUUUAAGUGCUUUGCCAUACUGCCACCUUGCAUUUAAAAAGGGCAAUGCAAUAUAUUACACUAAACUCUAGCUAGCACUCCAGAAACCUUUGAAAACUCCCACACACACGGGAGAAAGUAGCAGAAGCUUUGCAAACCUCACGCUUUUUGUUUGUCCGCCACAGCAGCUCCUCCUUUGUUUCCGCCACCACGCAGCGACGUGUGGCCUCGAUGAGAUGCCACUCCAUGUAGCCAUUCUGUGUGCGUUUUGCGUCUGUGUACGGUUCAUUUCAAUAGAGCUGAAAUUGUUACUGUAUUGUUACUUUGUAAUAAACCUGCUUGCAAAAAGCCAACAGAAACUGUUAAUCACCCU